AUGAUUAAAAAAAGGACAACAAAGCGACGGUCUUCAACCUCCUCAUAUACAAGUCUUUCAAAUGAUGGUCUAGUUGGGCUUAGAAACCUUGGAAACACGUGUUUUAUGAAUUCUAUUUUACAAUGUUUAAGCAAUACACGACUUUUAAAGGAUUACUGUAGUAAAGAAGACUAUAUUGAUGAUUUAAAUAAAUCUAGUAGUAUGAAGGGUCAGCUAAUGACAGCAUUUGCAGAGUUAAUUCAGUCACUGUGGAUGAAGAACGCGGAUACGGUCAAUCCAUCUGCUUUCAAACACCAAAUACAGAAGUUUGCACCAAGAUUUGUGGGUUACAGCCAACAAGACUCUCAGGAAUUUCUACGAUUUUUAUUAGAAGGUCUCCAUGACGAUAUCAACAAAGUAUUAAGAAAACCUCGUUAUAAUGAAGAAAUCAGUGAUGAUUUAACUGAUAUGGAGAAAGCAAGAGAAGCAUGGAAUCGUUACACAUCACGAGAGAACAGUCGAAUUGUUGAUAUAUUUGUAGGACAACUGAAAAGUACCUUGCAAUGUACAGUUUGUAGGCACUGUUCAGUGACCUUUGACCCAUUCUGGGAUUUGUCGCUUCCAAUCCCUAAGGCAUCAAAGAAUUCAACCUACAAUUAUAGUUACUCCUCUUCUUAUGAUGAUGAAAUCUCAUUAAAGGAUUGUUUCAAAUUAUUUACAAAAGAUGAGAUUCUUGAUGGCGUUGAAAAACCGACCUGUUCCCAGUGUCAGGAGAAACGCAAGUGUACUAAGAAACUCACUAUUCAGAAAUUUCCUAAAAUAUUGGUGCUACAUCUAAAACGAUUUUCAGCUCAUGGUUAUCGUUCUAAACUGUCUACUUUAGUGGAUUAUCCUCGAAGCAAUCUAAGAUUAGAUGAUUUCAGUGCAACAGGUUGUGCUCCACCUUAUGAUCUCUAUGGUGUAUCUAACCAUUCUGGUAGUACAUAUGGUGGUCAUUAUACUGCAUAUUGUAAACAUGCAGCCUCGGAUAGGUGGUAUACAUAUGACGAUACAAG